AUGUCUAAUCGAGAAGACGAAGUUUUCCGACAUCUCUCCCAAUUGCUGGUCAAUCGUAAUGCAGCCAGUGGUACAUUGCAAUUCGACAAAAGCGAAUUUUCACGUUUACCUGAUGAUGCGAAUAAUAUGUCUCAACUUACAUCCGAAGAUUUGCAACAAGUGGCCGAUGCUCUAUAUCAUUCACUUACCGUUGGUCCACAUAGCAUGAUGAUUGGAACAGAUGGAGGAUCGGUCCAAUUUAUUGCUGCUUAA